UAUGGUGACAUUGUUUUGUUUUCUACAAACGUAUAAAGUAUUUUUUUCACAAAUAUAUUUUUUGUACAAAUAUAUUCAAUUUAAACUAAAGAAAUAAGAAAAUUUUCCCAACACACAUGUCUGAAACUAAUGAGACACCAACACCCUCCACUCCUGGAUCAGGAGCAUUGGUGAAUUUCAAAACACGCAAUCAUGCCAUGGAAACUUUUAAGAAGCCCAGUUCUCUGGGAAUAGUGAAAAAGAAAGCGAAACCCAAAAUCUUAACAGAAGAAAAGUACAUAGAAGAGAUAUCCAAAAUUAUACAGCGGGAUUUCUUUCCAGACUUGGAGAAACUGAAAGCACAAAACGAUUAUUUAGAUGCUAUGGAUCAAAAGGAUUAUGCACGCAUGGAAUCAAUAAGAGCAAAAUAUAGUGGCAGGAAACCCACAGAAAGAAACAGAAGCAUGACUCCCGACACUUUUGAAACACCUUCGAGUUUUGGUGAAAGAACACCCCGUAACAACGAACCUUCCGAAACAUGCCGUUCUUCAGGAGCCCAAUCGGUGGCCUCUUCCAGCAAUUCAACGAAAAGUAGUACAAAAUCUGUUAGUGAUAAACAUUCUCUAGACUCAUUUCUCCAAUCCUAUACCAGUGAAGAUAAUGAUAGUUUCCAAAAGAUCAUAGAUACGGCAGAUGAAAAGUUAAGACAAAAGUUUGCUGUUCUUUAUAAUGAAGAAGCUUUAUCGGCGGAAAAAUUACAAAGAGCCUUAACCUUACCCUCUAUAGAGCAACAAUUUGAAGAACCCGAUCCCAUGCGUAAAAUCGAGACUUGGACUUAUCAAAAUAAAAAUUCCAUAAUGUAUACACCACAAGGUGUAGAAUUAACAGAGGCAGAAAAAAUCGAUAUGGCCAAUAGAAAACAGGUAAUACAACAUCAUGCCACUCGCUUGCAUGUAAAUCCUUUUGAAGGAGUACAAAGACAAAAAACAGGCGAACAAAAUGCUGCUGCGAUAGCAACGCUGGGCGAUCGUGUAGAUGCCGAUGGCACUAGUUUAAGUCAAACUAAUUUAGCCUCUCAAUUAAAACGUUUUGAUUUAGUUAAAACCCCCUCUCCUCGUCCAGGUGAGGCAUUUUCACCCCUUAUGACUUGGGGUGAAAUUGAAGGUACACCUUUUCGUUUGGACGGCUCCGAUACACCAGUACGCUCUAAUACUGGACCUUCUUUUAAAAUAAACGAAUCUUCACGCAGAGAAACAAUUGCUUUAGCCUUGGCGGAGAAAGUAGGCGAGAAAAUACGUGCCCAAAAACAAAAAGCCAUGGAUACGGCUCGCCGUAAUAUUUCAUCACCUUUUAUACGUACAAAUAUGGAAAGAUUAGCCUCUAUGUCACCAGCUGCUAGACAAUUAGCCACCUCUCGUUUAGGUUUACGUACUACACCAUCCCUAAUGACACCCUCACCUAUACGAACUCCUAACUUAAUAAAAGGCAAAACGAAAGCACUUCCAACUAGAACUGCCUCAACUACUAAAAAGCUUAUACCAGCUACAUCACCUGCUGUUAAACCUAAAACACCUAAUCUAAUUAGUAAUGCAAAAUCGGGUACCUUAACAGAUGAUCUCUUGCAAAUUCCUACAAAACGUUUGCGUGCAUCGGAUUUCUUUUAGGUUAUUUGGAAUUUUUAGUUGUAUGAAUAUUAUAAAAAUGGAAUAAUAAAAGUUUAACUAUCGACAUAUUUUUGUGUGCAAUCUGUACCAAAGAAGAUUAAAGCUAUGUCGAACACAAA